AUGGUAUGUACCCCACUCAGAGUCUUAAAUCUCAGGAAUAAUAGCCUCACCGGUAUAAUCCCUCCUUCUGUUGGAAAUGCCACGAAGUUGCUGAACUUCAGUUUGUAUGGGAAUAAAGUUGGCGGCAACAUUCCAAAGGAAAUUGGUAAUCUGAGCCAGCUUGCAUUUUUGUACUUGUUCAAUAAUCAAUUAACAGGUUUCAUUCCCGCAACAUUGUUUAAUAUUUCAUCACUUGUUGCCCUAUCUCUUGGAACCAAUAGCCUUUCCGGUCCUCUCUUGCUUGAUAAAGGAAAUAGUGUCUCAAAUCUCAAACUUUUAAGUAUAUAUCACAACCAAAUUUCUGGUUGCAUUCCUACCAACAUAUGCCAACUCACAGAGCUCAAUUUUUUGUCCAUAUCUAUCAACAACAUAACUGGAGACAUACCAAGAAAUAUUGGUUGUUUAUCCAAACUCGAGAAAAUUUAUAUUGGCAAUAAUCCAAUAAAAGGGACUAUUCCCACUUCAUUGGGAAAUAUUUCCACUCUGCAUAAUCUUUAUUGUGGAAACAAUGGCAUAGUGGGGCAAAUUCCUCCGGAAUUAGGAAGGUUAUCGAAUUUGAGGGAAUUAAGCUUUGGGAUGAAUUAUAAUCUUAUUGGUCAAAUUCCAGAGGCUAUUUUCAACAUAUCUUCUUUGGAA